AUGGUUAGAAAAGAAGUGGUUGCUUUGAUCCCUGUGGUGGUGGCAGUAGUUUCGGCUUCUCCACCUUUGAAUGAGCUUGGACUUGUUUUAAGCGAGGGAAAAGUGGAAGAGAUAAUUCCGAUGAAGAGAUUGAAGAUAGACUGGGCUCCGUAUGUUCCUUUGGACAAGAGAGUAGACAAAGAAGGUUCUGAAAUCUUUGUCUUGAGCUGCAAGCAAAGAAGGGCUGCUCUCAAACACAAAAAUGUCAAGGGAAACAAUGAUCUAUUGAAGUUUGAAUACGCCGUGCCUUAUUUGGAUCCAGCGGCAAAAGUAAAGUGUCAUGAAGUUCCUGUUCAGGAGGAGGAGUACUUUAGUGCUAAUGAUGAUGAGCUGGAGGAGUUGUACUUCAGUGGUGACGAUGAGAACCAGGUGAUAGAAGAAGAUGAUGAAAAGAAUGUCAUGGUGGAAGAAGAAGCAAAGGGAGAAAAUAUUGAUCUUGGAGUUAGGGAAGGCGGCCGGAGAAGAAGUGUGGAGAAUAUAAUGAAGAUGAGGAUUUACAAGUUCUAUCCGGUACAAACACCGGAUACUCCUGACAUAUCUGAGUUUAAGAAUGCAUUUGUAAACAGGUACUAUGGCACUGCUCAUGAGAUUCUGUAA